GCCUGCCUCCCUCAUUCAUCUAUGUCGUCCACUAUUCCUCCAUCACAUCGUCCCCGCCGCUAUCCAAAUCCCCCUCAGAGUCAGCUACUGGAAUGCGGCCCCCAGCUGCUGCCAUGUGAACUGGCAGUCGGCAUCGCCCAGGUGGGCGUUGAAGCCCUUGACCACCGCCCCAUCCGCCAGCCCCCACUUGGCCGCCUCGUCCAGCCUGGCCCGAUGCACCACCUCACGCAAACCCACACGGCCAUGAGUGUGCACCGCCUCACGCGGACGGCUGUCGUAGUUCAGCUCGAAGCACUGCAGCUGCGGGCGCCUCACCACCUGGCCCUCGCUGUCCCGCUUCCUACCCCCGUUGCCUACCACCUCCUCGUUGCCCACCACCUGCAGCGACGCUGCGGCCUCCACGAAUCGCGCCAUGGCGGUGUUGAUGCGGCGACCGACCUCAGUCGCAUUCUGCACGAAGCGGGGGCGCUGCUCGAGCACCGAUGGGUCGACGAAGAAUGACGCCACGCGCCACGCCACAGCCGACAUGUCCCGGUUGGCCAGGGGCGUCUCGUCGUCCUGCCAGGGGGCCGCCGGGGUGACGUGGGGGGGCAGGGGAGGAGGGUGCAGGGAGUCGAGCGAUGGGUCGAAUGAGGGGAAGGCGGCCUUGAGCUGCUGAGCGGUGCCGUUGUGGAAUGCCUUGGUCAGCGCGUCAGCUAUCUCGCGAAGAUCUCGCAGUGCGGCGUUGACGGCUGCCAUGACGGCAGCGGGCAGCUCGUUCAGCACUGUGGCGUACUCCGUCAGGACCAGCUGGCGCUGAUGGCGGUUCUCUUCUGUGGCUGUGGGGAUGAGAUUGAUGUCGCCUCCCGCCCGCAGCAGGGAAUGGAUGAUCCGCUUGUACUUGUCACUCGCAGCGCGAUGCCGAUCCUUGGCAUCCUCGGGUGUGUCGGGGAGCUGAAGCUGUUGGGUGUUGUCAUCGAGCUCCUCGGCAGACAGGGCCAGGGGCGUCUUGUAGAAUACGUUCAGUCUGUUGAUCUGGUCAGCGGGCAGCUUGCGGCAGAGGUAGUCGGCCACUGGGGGAGAGCCAUCCAGUGCCGCGAAGUGCAGUGGCGUCCAUCUAAUGCCGGCCUCUGCCGUCAUGUCGGCCCCGUUCGCCGUGAUGAGGUCGAGGUAGGCGUCGAUGAACGACUGGGGAUAGAGCCCUUUCGCCCGCUCGGCUGCCUGGUGCACCAGGUUGUAGUCAUAGCGUUCUUCGGUGGCGAGGGUGGGGUCUCGUGUGAUGAGUUGCCGAUACAUCGACAUGAGCACCUGCAGAUACUCGGAGGGAGGCGGACGCAGGGCAUAGGGCAGCUCCAUCACCAUGUGUGGGGAUGAUGCGCGCAGGUCGAUGCCUUGACGAGCCAUCAGUAUGUGGAAGGCUAUCUCGUUGCCGCAUGCAAUCGCCACUUGGAUGGGGGUCUGUUGGGUCUCGUCAGCUGCCGCAUUAAUGUCUGCCCUUCCGUCGAGCAGUGCGGUCAGGACGGCCCUCUGCAGCUCAUUCGACGACCACUGGGGCAGUGCGACGGGACGGAGGACAGCAUAACCAUCAUCGUCUUCGGCUUCGAUGGUCGGGACGGUGUAGUCCGACUUGUUGUCAAUGGCGAGACACAAGAGUGGGUAGCCGUAGACGACACCACUGCUGUCCCUGCCCACCAGCCCGGUCAUGACACCCGGGUCGGCCCGCUGCUGCCGGAUGAGGUCGGUCACUUCUCGGGCACUGGUGAAGCGGCGGCCAAUGAUCCACCGUGACAGCUCCCUGGUGGCGUCGCUGGUGCCUUCGGGGAAACGAGCCUCCAGCUCAUCGAGCCCGAAAUGGCCGUCCGGCACAGGGACAGUGGGAUCUGCUAGGUCACUGAGAGGAUGACCUGCCACACACACAGCCACACAACGGGCAGUGAUUGUGCGCGUGGGAUCCUCUCUCGCGUCUGCCUGGCGUACCGUCACAGAUAUCGUCGGAGUCUCUGUCAUCGAUAUCGUCAUCUUGGUCAUCAUCGCCAUCCUCGUCCUGCAUGCCAUCCUGACACACAACAAAAAGAGGCAGAGGGCGGAAAAUGACUCGAGGGCCUCCAUCACAUGGACCAGUGUUGGUGUCGAUGAGUGCCUCACCGAUUCGUCUCCAUCGGCUGCCUGCGGACCAUCAUCACCGUCGGCCAUCUCAUCGGCCAUCGCGCCCUCCUGCUGCUGGCCGCCUGGGCACCAACACACACACACCCUCACUGACCCGGCGUGAGUGUGCUGCUUGUGUGUGUGUGCGUCGAAUGGUCUGUGUGGCAGGUCUGGUCACUCACCGCUGUCUGCGCCAUUGCGAUCUGAGUCCUCCGCCUGUCCACUGCCGCUAUGCUCCUCCUCUGCACACACCAUCGAAGGCACACACACACGUGUGGCGCUGAUGCUGUGUGUUUGAUGUGUCACAUUCAUCUGUGUGUGGCGUACCCGCAUCGCCACCGUCACCGUCCGCCAUGGCAGCGGAGGCCAUGCGGCUGUCGUGACCUCCAGACAUCUCACUCCAACACACACCAACA